AUGGCGUGCGUGUCUGAUCAAGUGUUGUCUGCUACGCCUGCUAUUGCGGAAGAGCUGAGCGAGGUUGAAGCCUCCCCGUCGCGGCUAUCCCCGAACCUUCCCGUCAAGGAAGCUCGCCAGCGCCGCCAGGACUUUCACCAAUGGCUAUCCAGCAAGGCGCGAGCCUCUCAACAUCGCAAGAGCCGGCGCGACACGGGCAGCGAUACCCCCAGCAACGACAAUUCCGGCAAGGACAGUUGCUUCAGUGACAGUCCCAGCAGCAUCAGCAGCAGGAGCAGCCGAACAAGCCGUAGCAGCACAAUGACCACCAGCACCAGCAGCGACGGCUCUGGAAGCUCCGCGGGUCUGUCUGCAGUCACCAGUGAGGCGGAAAUCGAACCUCAGGCGGUCGACGCGGUCGACGUGGGCGACGUGGGCGAGAGUGGCGACAUCCAUGCGACGACGGACGACGAGGACGUGGUGGCGACGGAGCAGCAGCAGGAGGAGAUGGCUCGCCGCUUGGAGCAGCGGCUCAUGUCGGCCGAGAAGAAACGUCUGGAGCGCGAGGGCAGCAAGAGAGAGCAGCAGGUCAAGUCGGCGCAGCUGCGCCGCCAGGUGCGCGCAGCGGCGCAGCAGCGGCUCGAGGCGUGGGUGGCGGGUGUGGCACAGCAACGCGAGGAGCGCGCGGAGAAGGCGCAGAGUAACCGCGCGGCCAUCCUCACGGCGGGGCAAAAGAAGCGCGCGCAGCACUUGGCGCUCGUUUCCACGCGCACUGCGCAACGCGCCCGUCAGGAACACGUACCGCUUCGCAUUUUCCGCCUCCCUCCCCGUUCUCCCUUCUCUCCCACCAGAAUCGAGCAGGAGCGCGCAGCGCAGCUCCUCCAGGCGCUCUCGGACCGCAUCGCCGCCGCGUCGUCGAAGCGCGACGCGCGCCUCAUGCUCCACGCGCCCGCCUCACCCCGCACAGGCAGUGCUCUUCCCGCCUUCACUUCAUCACAUCAACUCGUUUCAGUUUUCACCAUCUUUGCUCGAACUAACAGCCAAGUUUCUCUACCUGGUGCCUCCUUCCUGAUCAUAACGUCUUCCCUUUCCCACCAUCACAUAUUCCCUCCCCACUCAACACCUUCCCCGCCCCUCUCCCUAACCCCAUCCCUAAUCCCAUCACAUACUCCCUCAACGCCUUGCAGCUGCUGGCGCCAGUUCAAGGGCGCCAACAAGACCACACUCGAGCUCGCGAGCGCCUUUUGCGCUUGCCAAGUCAGCCGCGCGCGCCUCUCCCGCCUGCCCUUCCCCCUCGUGGCCGCGCGCAUCCAGUCCCCCGUGUCCCUCGCCGCCACCGACGCGUUUCUGCAGCGCCUGCACGCGCGCCUGCUCGUGUCCUCCGCCGUCGUUUCCGCCUCCCCCGCCGCGUCCCCCGCCCCGUCCCCCGCCAGCACCCCCUCAUCCUCCCCCGCCGCGUCCCCGCAGAAGCAGCCGGGCGCGGGCAGUCAAACCGCGGGCGCAGCUGGCGUGUGCGAUAUCGACCACCUGUUAGCGCAGGUCGCGCCUCCCCCAAGCAAACCCAAGCCCUCAUCAUCAUCAGCAGCAGGGGCUAGCAGCGCAGUCGCAUCUACCACCGGCGGAACGGCCGCGAGUGGCGGAGAGGUGGCGCGGAAGGGGCGGUAUCCGCCGCGCGUGUUCCUGUGCGCGUACAUGAUCGUGCUGCACCCCGAAGCCGUGCUCUCGUGCCUCACGGGCGAGCGCGAAUCCGCCCUGCGCGUCGCUGCUGCCGCCCUCGUGAAGGCGUUUGAAGGACUCGCGCGCUUCCUGCUCACCCGACCCACCCCUUCUUCUGCUGCCACUGCUUCAGCCUCUUCUGCCUCUCCAGCUGCUCCGGCCGCAAGUCCCUCCACCGCGACUGAAACUGUGUCGAGUGCGCCUCCUGCCGCGGCUGCUGCCGCUGCUGGUUCUACUUCUGCUGCCGCUGCUGGUUCUACUUCUGCUGCCGCUGCUGGUUCUACUUCUGCUGCCGCUGCUGGUUCUACUUCUGCUGCCGCUGCUGGUUCUACUUCUGCUGCCGCUGCUGGUUCUACUUCUGCUGCUGCGGGUGGAAAGAAGGCGGCAGCAGCAAAGCCGUUUUCGCAGCAUCUGGCGGAGUUUGACGCGGCGUGGGUGGAUUACCUCGAGAGAUUCGUUGCCUGGAAGGCGCGAGACAAGGAGCGCAUGGAGGCGGAAAUGGUGAGCAUGGCGUGUCAGAUGCACGCCAGCAUGCUGCGCCGCACCGCACACCUCCCCGACGAGCGCAUAUCGGAGGACCUCCGAGCCAUCCGUGAACAGGUGGCGAAGGACAUUCCCAUGCUGCGCAGCAAGCUGAGGGGGCUGGCGGGGGAAGCAGGAGUGGCGCGCAUGGACGAGGCCCUCGCCCGCACCCAACGAGACUUCCUUGCUGGCACUCUCCCCGGAUCUCCCUCCGCCUCCCCUUCCCCCUCCCCCUCCCCGUCGCCUUCCCCCUCGCCUUCCCCAUCGCCCUCCCCCUCCCCUGCUGUCUCCGCCACUCCUUCCCCCGCCUGCUCCCCGUUCAACCUCUCUCGUGCCUCCCCGGGUGCCUCGUCCCCCACCCACUUCUCCCUCUCCUCCUCCCCCACCAACCCAAGCCCUCUCUCUGCCACUGCCACUCCCACUGCCACUCCCACUGCCACUGCUAAUCCACCCUCAGCUGCAGCAGCAGCCACCAGCUCUGCUGCUACCGCUGCUCCCUCCAGAGUCCCCAAGGGCCGUCGCUCGCUCUUCCAGUUCUCCUUCCCGCCCAGCAAGCCAGCUCUGGCUGCAGGCUUGGACGACGCAUCCAAGGCUGCAAGGGAGGUUCGUGGGGCGCUGCAGGGGGCAGUGGCAGGGCCGGGGGGCAGCCCCAUGAGGGCAGGGGCGUUCUUCGUGCCUUUGGACACUGAACCAUCAGCCUCCUCUCUCCCUACUGCCUCUGCUCCUGUUGCUGAUUCUGCUGCGUCUGCUACUACUGCUUCUGCUGCUGGUGCUGGUGCGAGUCCUUCAGUGGUGGCCCUGCCCGUGGGUCCUCCUCCGCCCCCCCCUGAGCUGCUGCAGCUGCACCUCAGCCUCUACCGAAGCUCCACCCUCGCGGCGUCCGCUGCUGCCUCUACUGCUGCUGGUGCAGGAGCAGCGGCACAAGGAGGCGGGGACCUGGAGGCGAGGAUGAAGGCCGCCAUGCACCGCGCCUUCUGGGACGCCACACUCGCGUCGCUGCUCGCCUCGCCGCCCGACACGGCAGCAGCGGCGCGCCUGGUGGGCGAGCUGCGGGAGGAGCUGCUGCGCGUUGCCCCGCGCGCCUGGCAUGACGAGGUCACAGCCAACCUUGAUCUGGAUGAGGCUGACCUUGAGAAGAUGCUCACACAGGGCACCCCCGACGCCUUCCACAGUCUGCAGGCGCUGCUCGCCUAUGCCACGGAUCUCACUCUGCGCCUCGGCGCGCCCUUCCGGGACGACGCCACGCGUGCCGCCUUGGCACGGCUCAACCAGGAGCUGGGCACGCUGGUGGCGACAGGUGGCACGCGCUCAUUGGCAGAUGCGGUGGUGAAAGGGCUCAAGUUUGCCUUUGAGCGCCUGGAGGAGCUCAAGGCGGACAUAGCAGCAGCACGAGCUCGUCUCACGCCCCUCGCCACCACCGCCGCCGCUCUCCAAGCUGCCCUCACCAAACGUUUCGACCUGCCCGUGUACCCCACCCCUGCUGCCCUCACUGCCUCCCCGUCCUCGCCUGCUCUCUCCCUCUCAACCAUCAAGGAAAAACUUCCGCGCACUUUCUCCUGGGUUGCCAGCUCUCUCAGCCAAUCCAUCCCCUCUGCACGAACCGAGCUUCAACCAUACCUUGCCACGUCAGCAUCCACUUCCUCCAGCUCAGCAGCAUUGUCAGCAGCUGCCACUCUCCCUUCUGCAUCCGCCCUCCGCACUGGCCAGCGUGCUUUGGCUUCUGGCACAAGCACAAGCGGCAGCGGGACUGGGUCUAUCGACUGGGCGGCAGCAGCGUGUGUGGUGCGCGUGGGUUUGGUGGAGGUGGUGAUGUCAGCGGAGGGCGCGGAGGGUGGCAUAGUGGCAGAGGUGCUGUGGCUGGACGUGGGGAAGCUGAGGCACGCCCAGAACGGGUUCCAGUGUGUCGUUGUGGUGGCCAUUGGUCUGCUGCUGCUGCGUCAGCUACUGGCAGCACGAGCCAUCCUGCCAUCGCCAGCAGUGGAGGCCGUGGUAGCCGCCACGCGCAUCACCCUCGCCCGCCUCGUCUCCUCCCCCGACGCCUCCCGCCCUGCCCUCGCCUCGGCCCUCGCCGACGCCGUCAUCGCUGCAGCCAACACCAAGACAGCCCCAGCAGCAGGAGCUGAUGCUGCCGUUGCCGCUGCCUCCCCAGACAGGGCAGGCAUCGAGGCGCUGGCGUCAAGCCUGCUGCUGCGAGCGCUGAACCCCACCGACGCCAUCUUCCUGCGCGUCCGUGCUUCUGUUGCUGCCGCCCUGCGCGCCCUGCUGCUGCUGCGCCCCGUCAGCCAAUCGCAAGCUCUGCUGGCCGCCCAGGCUGCGCUGAGAAAGGCUGCGGCUGGGGACCUGCUGAGCGGGAGUGAGGAGGGUGAUGGAGGAGAGGGCGUGGGAGUGAUUAAGGUGGUGAGGCUGGUCGAGGAGAUGUCUGAUGUGGUGCUGGCAGUGCAUGAGCCGCUGGUGCGUGUGGCCAUGGCUGAUGCCACUGCGUCAUAG